AUUAAUGGUUAUGCCAAAUUGGCAAAGAGAUACAAUAGCCAAAUCAACCCAACGCAACGAAUGAAAGCAUGACAAGAUUUUGCUUCUUGGAAUCACAAUUCUCCAUCACUGUCUAUAAUGAACUUGCACUCUUAGCUCUCACAUACCCAUUUCGUUUUGAGUAAAGCUACAGGGGUUCUAACUUGCCCUUUUCGUUUUUCUUGCUAUUUUAGCCUUUCUUGAUUCCCCACGUUGUGGAUCUGGGUUGUUGUUGUUGUUGUUGUUUAGCCUUUCUUGAGUGUUAUCUUGAAAUUUUUGUUCUUGGAAAUUCAGAUGAGAAUUAAAUUCCAAAAAGAUUAUCCAAUAGUUCAGAUAUAGUAUUGGGAUCAUGUACAGUGCAAAUUUGACUGGUUUUGGAUUGGCUGUGGCGUCUAGCGCUUUUAUUGGGUCCAGUUUCAUUAUCAAGAAGAAGGGUCUUCAGAAGGCAGGCGCCUCUGGUACUCGGGCCAGCUCGGGCGGAUAUGGUUAUCUAUGGGAACCUCUUUGGUGGAUUGGGAUGGUAACUAUGAUUGUUGGAGAAUUUGCCAAUUUCGUGGCUUACAUUUAUGCGCCAGCAGUUCUUGUGACACCACUUGGAGCUUUAAGUAUAAUUGUGAGUGCUGUUUUAGCACAUUUCUUACUGAAGGAAAAAUUGAAGAAACUGGGAGUAUUAGGAUGUGUUUUAUGUAUAGUAGGUUCCGUUGUCAUUGUUCUUCAUGCACCUCGUGAACAUGAUCUUAAUUCAGUGGAUGAAAUAUGGGCAUUAGCUACACAACCAGUUUUUCUUUUGUACACAGCAUCAGCAGUUGCAAUAACAUUGGUACUAGUCUUAUAUUGUGAGCCUCGCUAUGGUCGGACAAAUAUUAUGGUCUAUAUUGGAGUUUGCUCCAUCAUUGGGUCCUUGACGGUUAUGAGCAUUAAAGCUAUCGGUAUAGCUAUAAAGCUUACAUUGGAGGGUUCAAACCAAGCUGCAAAUUUUCAAACUUGGGUGUUUGUGAUGGUUUCUGUUACAUGUAUAGUUACUCAACUAAACUACUUAAAUAAGGCAUUGGACACAUUUAACACAGCUGUGGUUUCUCCAAUAUAUUAUGCCAUGUUCACAUCACUUACAAUUUUAGCCAGUGCCAUAAUGUUUAAGGAUUGGUCUGGUCAGAGUGCUAGCAACAUAGUUUCAGCGCUUUGUGGCUUUUUAACUGUGCUCUCUGGUACAAUGGUUCUUCAUAGUACAAGAGAUCCGGAUCCUCCUCCUAAUGCAGAUUUGUACGCACAACUUUCCCCUCAAAUAUCAUGGUUGGUACAUGCCAAUGGAGAAAUAUGGAAGCCGAAAGAGGACGGGUUGCAUUCAGAAUUUGUUGCAAUAAUCAGGCAGGAUCAUUUCAAGUAGGACGAAAGAAGAACUUAGAUGAUUGGCCGGAGGCACUUAUGGCUGUUCAUUUCCGUCCAAACAAAUUACGUCGUGCCAGAUUAUGGAUUUUCCGAUCAGCUCCCUUUUGUCAGUUUCAGCUGGAAGUGUGUAGGUCAGAUAUCUGAUAUCUGUUAAUUAUUCUCGUCCAUUUCUAUGACUCAUUUUUUCGGCCUAGAUUGUAGAUUUUUGGGUUUGGUGGGCACCUAGAUGUAGUAUAGCGGGUAAAAAAAAAUGGUAAGAGUAGUAUUUAGUUGAUAAAUUGUUCUGUUGGUGAAGAGGAGUCUUUACAGUCUUGAGCAAGGCAAUGAUAGUUCGAGUAUUAAUAUUUUCUGUUCCUUUG